GCCUAUAUAUAUACACUUUUUCGUCUCUUAUUCCCCCGUUUUAUGUUCCAUGGUUCUUGACAAACAUAGUUGUUAGAUUGAUAAUUAUUACAAAUGACCGUGUCAAGUUAUUAAAAUUUAUUGAAAGAGUAAAUAAAUAUUCUACAAAGGUAGCAUGACUUCUGUUAGUGAAGGUAGUUCGUUACCUAAAACGAAAAAACCAUCCGAUAGUGCAUUCAAACAGCAGCGUUUACCUGCUUGGCAACCAAUACUUACUGCUGGAACUGUUUUGCCAACAUUUUUUGUAAUUGGGAUUGCUUUUAUACCAGUUGGAGUUGGAUUACUUUAUUUUUCUGAUCAAGUCAAAGAAUAUAUUAUAGAUUAUACGGACUGUAAUGCUACCAACUUUCAUUAUGCAAAUGGUGUGCCUUAUAAAUGUGCAGAAGUUAUAGCAAAAAAUCGUUCAGAACCUUGUUAUUGUGAAAUAAAUUUUACAUUACCCUCUGAUUUUAAUGGAAAAAUUUACAUGUAUUAUGGUCUGACUAAUUUUUAUCAGAAUCACAGACGGUAUGUAAAAUCACGCGAUGAUAAUCAGUUAUUAGGAAAAUUAAGCGAUAUUGUCUCUGGUGACUGUGAACCGUUUGCUUAUGACGGUGACAAGCCUAUCGCACCCUGUGGUGCUAUUGCUAAUUCAUUAUUCAGUGACAAACUAGAACUAUUUUCAAUGAAACAUAAUAAAUCUGUACCAUUAUUAAAAACUGGAAUAGCUUGGCCUUCGGAUAAGAAUAUUAAAUUUAGAAAUCCUGAUGGUGAUUUAAGAGAAGCAUUCAAGAACUUUGCAAAACCAAAGAAUUGGACUAAAUACAUUUAUGAUUUAGAUAAAGAAAAUGAAAGUAAUAAUGGUUUCCAAAAUGAAGAUUUAAUUGUUUGGAUGAGAACUGCUGCAUUACCAACUUUUAGAAAACUUUAUCGUAGGGUUAAUCAUACUGAAAAUGGGUUUACUGAAGGUCUGGUAGAAGGAAACUAUCGACUUACUGUUACAUAUUCAUAUUCUGUGUCUGCUUUUGAGGGCAGGAAAAGAAUGAUCUUAAGUACUACAUCUCUUCUUGGUGGAAAAAAUCCUUUUCUUGGUAUAGCUUAUAUAGUAGUAGGAUGUGUCUGUUUAUUGUUAGGCAUUACACUACUAAUAAUACACAUCAAAUGUUCCAAAAGCAAACUAAUGUAAAGAUGACUGCAACAAAGUAUGCUUAGGGCACCAUAAUUGUUCUUUGCAACAGAGAUGAUCAAUGUGAGUCCAACAACACCGUACCAAGAAUAAUUGCACAGUUAUUAUAUGUAUUGAAGAACAUUGUGGAUAUUCUGCAUUUAAUUUAUAUUUCAGUACAGGUUUUGAGGCACUUGUAUAUUGAGUAUUAUGAUGCCAGGAACAUUAUCUUAUUUCUUAUUGUUAUAUACUCUUAUAUAAAAAAGAAGCUAGUGUGUAAUUAUAUACUAUUCAUGCAGAAUAAAAAAUAUAUAAUUAUA